AGUGUCACCCGACGCCGUCGUUUAUAUUUGUCGGCGCAGCGCUCUGCUAUCACAUAAGAGAAAAAACCUACCGCAGGUUACCGAUUUUAAUAGAUUUCUUGUGAGAAAAAGUUAUUAUUCAUACAAUAUGAUUUCAUUUUCCCGUGGAUUAGGAAAUAUACUAACGCGUAUUGCCUUCAGUAACACCGGUACAAGUGUCCAUUUAGCGAGAACACUGCAAACCACAUGUACAUUAGAUUGUGAAAUUAAACAGCAACAACAAGAAGAACCAACUGACAGUACAUUAGCAGCUGAUGAAGGCGCACCAGAACUACAACAAGAGCAACGCGAGUUAACCGAACAAGAACAAAAAUUAUUACGAAAAGAUCGUUCACGUAAAAUACCUGUAGAAACAUCGAUUCGUUACUUGAAAAGUGACGCAUAUAAACAAACCUACGGUGCUCAGUUUGUGUGGGAACAAUAUCGUCGCAAUCACAAGGGCUUGUUCCCACCACGUAAAACUCGCAAGACUUGCAUACGUAAAGACACCAUAACUACCGGUAACCCUUGCCCCAUUUGCAGGGACGAAUACUUGGUAUUGGAUCACCGUAACAUUGAAUUGCUGAAACAGUUUAUUUCACCACAUUCCGGGGAAGUACUAAGCUACACCAAAACCGGCUUGUGUCAAAAGAAACACUUGCAAUUGCUGGUGGCCGUUGAGAGAGCAAAGGACUACGGUUUGUUAACCUUUGACGUCCCAUAUCGCAAUUUCGAUUAUAGCGAAUUCUACGGAAAGGUUGAAGCUAAAAAUUAGAAAAUUCUAAAAAUCAAUUGUUUUCUAGUUUUAUAAGUUGUUUCGAGUAAAAAAUAUAAAAGUAAAUUUAAACCAAUUAAAAUUUAUAUAUACAGAAAGUUUAAAAAUGGCCCAAAUACAAGAAGAAUCUAAAUUUACAUUUGUCGUUGUGGGAGGAGGAAUUGCUGGUGUAACAUGUGCCGAAACUAUAGCCAUUUGUUGCCCUGAAGAGUCGAUUUUACUGAUGACAGAAUCUACAGUAAUUAAAACUGUUGCCAAUUUGGAACCAGUAGCUCGUUAUCUGCAUAAAUUUGAUGUGCAAGAAAGGACAUUAG